UCAGUAGGCAGAGUGGCACACACUCGUAAUUCAUAGCAACCUCCAAGGGCACUUCGAUAGCUUCAGCUCCUUAUAAGCAAUACCUCAACUCUCUUUGUUAAUUACUUUCUACACUUAUCUCUUCCCUCUCUACCGGGAGUUCCUUUACAAUGGGAGGCGUCACCGUCGUAUCUCUCGUCCUUCUUCUCAUUGCCACCGCCAAUUCCGCCGUUGUCCCCUUCCGCGACGGGAUAUUACCGAACGGAGAUUUCGAGCUAGGACCAAAGCCAUCAGAUAUGAAAGGAACCGAAGUAAUAAACAAGAUGGCAAUCCCGAACUGGGAAGUAACGGGCUUCGUCGAGUACAUAAGCUCAGGACACAAACAAGGAGACAUGCUUCUCGUUGUUCCCGCCGGAAAAUUCGCAGUCCGGCUCGGAAACGAAGCGUCCAUCAAACAAAGACUUAAAGUGGUGAAAGGAAUGUAUUACUCGCUCACUUUCAGCGCCGCGAGGACGUGCGCUCAAGACGAAAGGCUCAACAUCUCCGUGGCACCUGACUCUGGUGUCAUUCCGGUGCAGACAGUGUACAGUAGCAGUGGGUGGGAUCUAUACGCUUGGGCGUUUCAGGCGGAGAGUGAGGUCGCUGAGAUAGUGAUUCAUAAUCCAGGUGAAGAAGAGGAUCCAGCUUGUGGUCCGCUCAUUGAUGGUGUUGCCAUGAGAGCUCUUUACCCUCCUAGACCAACAAACAAGAACAUUUUGAAGAACGGAGGAUUUGAAGAAGGUCCACUAGUACUACCCGGCUCGACCACAGGAGUUUUAAUCCCACCGUUCAUAGAAGACGACCACUCUCCUUUACCCGGUUGGAUGGUGGAGUCUCUCAAAGCCGUCAAGUACGUAGACACAGAACACUUCUCAAUCCCGCAAGGUCGCCGAGCCAUUGAGCUAGUGGCUGGCAAAGAGAGCGCCAUCGCUCAAGUUGCUAGGACCAUCAUCGGGAAGACUUACGUCCUUUCGUUUGCCGUUGGAGACGCCAACAACGCUUGCAAAGGAUCAAUGGUGGUUGAGGCUUUUGCGGGAAGAGACACGCUUAAGGUACCUUACGAGUCGCGUGGCACUGGAGGGUUUAAACGAGCUUCUAUCAGGUUCGUGGCGGUUUCGACAAGAACUAAAGUUAUGUUUUACAGCACUUUCUAUGCCAUGAGGAGCGAUGAUUUCUCCUCUUUGUGUGGACCUGUGAUUGACGAUGUCAAGCUUUUAAGCGUUCGUAAGCGGUAGAUGAAUGGAAUCUUACUACAAGAAAUGAAACUGUGCGGGUUUUACUUUGAUAAUAUAUCGUCUUUUUGGUGUGUUCUUGAUUUUAUUCGAAAGAGAUGUAAAAGGUGACCGUUUAUUUAGGUUAUAUUGUAUUUUCUUGCGUGAGAAGGCACAUGAAGGUUGCCAUUUAUA